GCCAAAACGCUACCAACGUAUUUUUAUUUUGAAUUACAGAUUGAAUCGAAUUGUUUAUUAUUUAUUUCCAUUGUUCUUUAUCAGCUAAUGAUCAAAUAAAAUCGUGAUGGCGGAUGUUGAAGAUAUUAUUGACUACAUAAAGUCAUUGAAGAAAGGUUUCGAUAAAGAUUUGUUUCAAUCUAAGAUAGAUGAAUUGGCGUAUGCAGUUGAAACCACUGGACUGCAUUACGAUGAUUUUCAUACUUUAUUCAAGCUUUGGUUGAACCUAUCUAUACCCAUCACAAAAUGGACAAGUUUGGGAGCGUGCUUGGUGCCCCCGGAUACUGUAGAAGAAAAAACAGUGGAUUAUUCUUUUCGUUGGAUCCUUGCUAAUUGUGAAAAUCAAUCAAGUUUUUCUAGAAUAGGUUUUCUACUAGAUUGGCUGACUGUGGCAAUGGACUGUGAAUGCAUUGAUAUGAGAGCUUUGGACUCGGGAUAUGAAAUAUUUUAUAUCAUGUUGACUUAUGAAGUCUUGACGGUUCAUGCAAUUAAACUUGUUUACACAUUGACCAAACCAAUUGAUGUGACCAGAAGAAGGGUGCUAGAGUUACUUGACUAUGCCAAGAAAAGGGAGGGCAAAAAGAACAUGUAUCGCCAGCUACAGGUUUUGCUGGGUUUGUUCAAGUCGUACAAACCUGAGUGUGUGCCCGAGGAUGUUCCUGCCAUAUCCAUACACACAGCCUUCAAGAAAGUGAAUGUAGCUUUGAUCUCCAGAUUCAGGAGAGUCCAGGAGCGCAGAAACAUUUUGAGUAAAGAAAGGCACCAUUUAAUGUGGAUCAACCCAUUGAAUUCUGAUCGUGGCAGAAAUAAGAAAGUUGAGCCACUUGUGCCAAACAUGGAGUUCAUCAACGUUGGGGCUCAACAAUAUUCAGACAAAGAACCACAAAAGACCUACCUUGAUUUCUCAGACCCAGUGUCGCUACUGCAGUACAGUCUCCACCACCCAAUGUCCCGGCCGGCGCGGCUUCGAGCGCUACUGUGUAACGAGACGGGGCUCACUCUACUGGCAGUGGCCUCCGAUGCUGACCACGCCUUCCUGACGCACGACCUGCAUCACUUGCUGACCAACUCGCUGCUGUGUAACGAGACGGGGCUCACCCUACUGGCAGUGGCCUCCGAUGCUGACCACGCCUUCCUGACGCACAACCUGCAUCACUUGCUGACCAACUGUUUCCUAGACGUGUCACCUCACAGUGCAGUAGAGAAGCGCGACCUCUUAAGGCGGUUAGUCUUGCUCCAGAACACAUUACUGCAAGCCGUGCCCAUCGUCACGAGGUUCUUAGCGCAGUACCUACCGCUGUGGAAUGAGAUCGACUUCUAUGCUGAGAUACUGGAUUUAGUGCAGUGGGUGAGCGUGGACAGCCCCGACCAAGUACGGGGUAUAGUGGAGCCCCUCACGCGGGUGUACCACCGCUCGCAGCCGCUGGAGCAGUGCGCCAUACUCAGGAGCUUGACCAAUAUGUACACGAAUAUGCUAUACGGGAGCACAAAGCGUCGCCAGCACUUCAAAAGCCCACAGCCGUACUACACGUACGCGUUGUCGUACGUCGCCUCCAGCAUCAGUCGCUUGAGCAGCUUAGCGGUGCAGACCGAUCCUGGCGAGCAGCACCCCAUCUCAUUACCCCGUCCCUGUUUGUUCACGGACUAA